CCUCGGCCGCCUCACGUGACCGUCGGGGGCGUGGCCAGCGCAGCGGCCAUGGCGGCGCACCUUAGCUCAGGCCGCGUCCCGCUGACGGCGCUCAGGGAAGCCGGUCGCCGCGAGCUGCGCGCCUUCCUCGACAAAUGCGCCGGAUCCAAGGCCAUUGUGUGGGAUGAGUAUCUUACUGGGCCCUUUGGAUUGAUUGCACAAUAUUCUCUUCUGAAGGAACAUGAGGUGGAGAAAAUGUUCACCCUUAAAGGAGGUCUCCUUCCACCGGCUGAUGUCAAGAACAUUAUUUUCUUUGUCAGGCCCAGAUUAGAGCUCAUGGACAUAAUUGCCGACAAUGUGCUCAGCGAAGAUAAAAUCCGCUGUCCACAGCGCGAUUUCCAUAUCUUGUUUGUGCCGCGUCGCAGUUUGUUAUGCGAGCAGCGCCUCAGAGAACUGGACGUGUUGCACUGUUUUGUUCACCGAGAGGAGUACAGCCUGGACCUCAUUCCCUUUGAUGGAGACCUCUUGUCCAUGGAGUCAGAAAACGCCUUUAAGGAGUGCUACUUAGAAAAUGACCAGACCAGCCUCUACCAUGCGGCAAAAGGUCUCAUGACGCUCCAGGCUCUCUACGGAACCAUCCCACUCAUCUUUGGAAAAGGGGAAUGUGCCAGGCAUGUGGCAAACAUGAUGAUCCGCAUGAAGAGGGAGUUUUCGGGGAUCCAGAACCCCAUUCUGCCCGUUUUCGAUACCCUUCUGCUGCUGGACCGCAACGUGGAUUUGAUAUCUCCUCUGGCUACCCAGCUGACCUACGAGGGCCUGAUUGAUGAAAUAUACGGAAUUCAGAACACCUACGUGAAACUUCCCCCCGAAAAGUUUGCCCCCAAGAAGCAGGGAGAGGCCGCUAAGGAGCUCCCCACCGAGGCCAAGAAGCUGCAGCUGAACUCCGCGGAGGAGCUGUACGCAGAGAUCCGCGACAAAAACUUCAACGCCGUGGGCAGCGUCUUGAGCAAGAAAGCCAAAGUCAUCUCGGCUGCUUUUGAGGAAAGGCACCAUGCCAAAACGGUGGGGGAGAUCAAGCAGUUCGUCUCACAGCUGCCACACAUGCAGGCCGCGAGAAGCUCUUUGGCGAACCACACCUCCAUCGCUGAGCUCAUCAAAGACAUCACCACCUCUGAAGACUUCUUCGAUAAUUUAACAGUGGAACAAGAAUUUAUGUCCGGCAUAGAUACCGAUAAGGUCAACAGUUACAUAGAAGAUUGUAUUGCCCAAAAGUAUCCCUUGAUUAAGAUACUGAGGCUCGUUUGCCUGCAGUCGGUGUGCAACAGUGGCUUAAAGCAAAAGAUGCUAGACCAUUACAAGAGAGAAAUCCUCCAGACUUACGGCUACGAACACAUCCUGACCUUAAAUAACCUAGAAAAGGCUGGACUUUUGAAGCCUCAGCUGGGCAGCCGGAAUAACUACCCCACCAUCCGGAAAACUUUGCGUUUAUGGAUGGACGACGUCAACGAACAGAACCCGAACGACAUCUCUUACGUCUACAGCGGUUACGCGCCUCUCAGCGUGCGCCUGGCACAGCUGCUUGCCCGGCCAGGUUGGCGAAGCAUCGAGGAAGUCCUAAAAUUACUUCCGGGCCCACACUUUGAGGAGAGGCAGCAGCUGCCAACCGGGCUCCAGAAGAAGCGUCAGCACGGAGAAAACCGCGUGACUCUCGUCUUCUUUCUGGGAGGCGUGACCUAUGCCGAAAUCGCAGCCUUCCGCUUCCUCUCUCAGAUGGAGGACGGGGGCACCGAAUACGUCAUCGCCACCACCAAGCUGAUCAACGGAACAAGCUGGGUCAAGUCUCUGAUGGAGAAGCUGGAGCCCCUACCCUUUUAGGAGAAGCAGGAACGGGCCCAGCAGGACUCGACCGACGUGGGAUCAGAGUCCCAGAGAAGAAGAAGUGGACUGAAGUGCAGCAAGGAAGAUGGCUUCUCAAACUGCUUUCUAACAAAUACGGACCCGGGAGGGAAGCUCAGCCUGGCGAUCUGCGUUUGCUUUGCUUCUGUGCGUCCUUCACAAGUGUCAUUCCUGGACUUUUUCUUAUGGUUUCUAAACCCUACUUUUUUAGUGUGCAUUCCACAGACUUUCGGGACGUUUUUCCUUAAUAUUUCCUCCUCCUUCCCAUUCUGUACUUCACUUGGUUUUUCUUCUUUCAGUCCACUGAUAAUCUUAAUUUUUCUCCCCAGACAGUUAAUCAUGUUGGUAGAUGAUGCUCUAACCAUAUUCCCUCUUGGGCUGCCCUUCUAAAGCUUGAAAGCCUGUAAAUCUGUAACAGAUCUGCCACUUAGGUUACACAGCUCUACCCCAACCCUUCUAUUUUGAUGGAAUUGGUUUCCUUGUUUCUCACCGUUUUCUAUGGCAAUCCUGGAAAUAUGGCUUUGCUGCCUAUUUUGAAAAAUCCUGCUCUCCUCAUUAAUAUCUCUUUAAAUGCUUACAGGUCCUCAAUACUGAACAAACUCUUUUGCACUGAACAUUGUUGUAAAUAGUGGGAGAAAAACACGAGAGUUAUUGUUUAAUCAAACCUCAUUCAGUUGCAAACAAAGAAGCAUGUUUAAAAAGUGCUGGAACAUUGCAUUUGAAAACCGAGAAGAUAAAUGUUAUAAAGACGCAAACACAGGCAUUUUCCAGCCUGAAUGUGUGUGUGACUGCUUUAUUGAACAUGUGCAGUUUCUACCAUAGUGGCAGUAGACUUUCUCCUUAUCAUUGUAAAAAUAUGAUUCGCAUUAAACAUCAUUAUUGCAAUA